CAGAUUUUUAUUUUUUAUUUUUUAAUAUUUUUUAGUAUUUUUAGUCAAAAUGACCGAUGUUUUAUCAAUGCGUUUGGAUGGAAUCGGAGAUAAUUCGCCAUUGAAGAAACUAAAGGGUGGACAACGUGGUGAAAGCGCGAAUAGCCAACAGGCAGCAUCAGCUGCACUUAGGAUUCUUGAGCCAGCACGUAAGAAGUUAGGAGCUGUUGAAACCCAACGUAUAAUAGAAUGUUUGGAUGAAUGUAUUCGUCGUCAUGAAGUUAUCUUAUCAAUGAUGAUCAUUCUUAUCCCAUCAGAGGAAAGGUUGGAACAAUUCCAUCUUGCACUUGGAGUCGAUUUGAUGACGGCCAUAAAAUCUCACAAAACGUUAAGUCGAUUAUUGGAAGAAGCUCACGCCAGCAACGAUGCAGAACAGCUUCCGUCAUUACAACAUUCCGUCACCAAUUCGAGCAAAAAUAUUUUACGAAUGUUUUCCAAAAACCCCGCUGCCAUGACAACCGUUCGUAGUGAGUUGGCAGGGGAGGUAUCGAAAAAGGGGAAUUACCAAGUGCGAGAAGCAACAUCGAUGAUUGAUGGAUUGAAUGAACUCCGUGGGAUUUUACUCGAGAAACUUUUGACAACUCCCGCGGAGGAAAUUGAUCGGACUCGUUAUCUCCACCAAGUGACAGAAAGGGAGAAGAAUAACGCGACCGUCAUCGAUAAGCUACAAGCACAACUUGAUACGGCUGUGGAUGAUAAAGAGCAGGAGAUGGGCAAACGUAACGAGACGAUCCGAAGAUUAAAGAACGAUCUUCACCAAAUCGAACAAUUCUCAGAGGAACAUAUAAGAAGAACAAAGACAGAGGCUGAUAAACAACAGUCAGCAGACGCACGAGGCAGCGAGGGAAAACAAUCCAAGUUUACCUCGGAGGUUAAUCAACUGAAGGAUCAGUUAAGCAGGAUGAUGAUGGAAGAUCGGGAGACGGAGCAACACUUGAGGAAGAGGAAGUUUAAGAUUGAAACAGAGGUUGAGAAUUGGAUCACCAAGUAUGAUCAAGAUAUGGGGGAAAAACAAGAUGAAUACGAACAAAUUGAUGCAGUUUAUGGAGAAGAGAAGAAACAACUUAGUGAGCUAGAGGAGAAGUUCAGUGUCUUGGAGGAAGAAUACGAUAAAAUAAUGGAAGAAAGAAGAAUUGCUCGGGAGAUAAAGGAGGCAAAGGAACUUGAAUUAUCACUUAUGAUGAAGGCUGCCAUCACCAUUCAAGCUUUCUUCCGAGCUUAUAAAGUUAGGAAAGCUUUGAAAUCGAAAGCCAAGAAAGGAAAGGCUGGGAAGGGAAAGAAGAAAAAGUAAUUUAUUUGCAAAUAUUUUUCUUUGUUGUGUAAUCAAUGUGUUGUAUGUGACGAAACAAUAAAACGAUUGUAAAAAUAAUCUGAUUUUGUAUUUUAGAGAUAUACAGAGCUGUAGGCUGUUUUAUAAAAUGUCUACUUAAAAGGAUAUUAAGUAAAAACAUUUCUAAGUAGGUAGGUCCAAUGGUUAUUGGUUUACAA